UUCACAGCUGACAUUCUGACAAGCGGUCUUUUUUAACAUGGCGGAAGAUGGUCAUGCCACGGCAGAGAAGAAGUCUUUGCAAAUGGAUGAAAAUAAAGAAGAUUUUCAACCGGUUUCACGAAGAAAACGUAAAAAAGAUUUAGUUGAAGACAUGGAUACAACAUUUACGGCUAAAAAACCAAAUUUUCCUGCUUUGUCAGGCGAGAGCUUAUCGAACGGUCAGGUUGAAAGACGAACGAUUCCUGUCCCGCCAAACAGAUACACGCCGUUAAAAGAAAACUGGUUGAAAAUAUUCCAACCAGUCGUUGAACACUUGCAUUUACAAAUACGAUUCAAUCUUCGCUCAAGAGCUGUUGAAAUAAAGACAUGUAAAGAAACAAAAGAUUUUGGUGCAAUACAAAAGGCUGAAGACUUUGUCCGUGCAUUCAUCUUGGGUUUUGAAGUUGAGGAUGCCCUAGCUUUGAUCAGAUUGGAUGACUUGUUUUUGGAAUCAUUUGAUGUCACUGAUGUGAAGCCUUUGAAGGGGGAGCAUCUUUCUCGUGCAAUUGGACGUGUUGCUGGAAAAGGUGGAAAGACAAAAUUCACAAUAGAAAAUGUCACCAAGACUAGGAUUGUCGUUGCUGACUCAAAGAUACAUAUACUGGGUUCUUUUCAAAACAUGAAGAUUGCAAGGACUGCAUUAUGUAAUUUAAUACUAGGUAGCCCACCAUCUAAAGUUUAUGGUAACAUGCGAGCAGUAGCAAGUCGAUCAGCAAAUCAUUUUUAAAUUUCAUUUUGUGCAUCAUGAAGAAUAUCAAAUGAAAGCAAGCCCAAAUAAUGAAAAUGUUCUCAAAUAAACCCAAAAUUUAUGUAUAUAAAGUGAAACAUGUGUAAUAUAAUAUUAGAACGCAUUUUAACUUCAACGAAGUCAUCAACUAUUUAUUAAAGGUUAUUUUUGUGUGUUA